GCACUCAAGGCUGUCGACAUCUUCCUCCGCCAGCGCCAGCAAAGCGACCGGAGUCUGUUCAACCUCUCCAGCCAGAUCGCGACGAUCCAGUUCGCUUCAAGCUUCAGUACUGCAGAUGCCGAACAUCAGCAGACUUACCGGGCUGAGCGCGAGGCCGAAGCAGCCCGCAUCGACAUGCAUUGGCAACAGGUUCAGCGUCAGCAGGAAGAGGCUGCGUCUCUGAGGAGGGAAAUUGCCGCUGUGGAGCCCGACUUGGAACAUCACGAGCAGGAGCUGCAGGCGGUUCAGCAAGCAACUGAGCCCCUGGGAUGUGAGUACAUGAGACACAUGUGCGGGCGGCUGAUGUUUGUAACUUCCAAAUUGCUUCCUGCUUGGUGUGAUUAG